AAAACCACCACCAUCAUGGCAACGGCCGCCACUGCCACCACCAUCCCCCGCCUCCUAUCCCCUACCACCACCCAUCAAACCCUCCGUUCCACCCUGUCCUCCUUCACAAAACCCGAUUCCCUUAAAACCAUCAGACUAGCCACCAAACUUCACGUUUCUUCCCCAACCAACAAACCCAUCUCAACCACCACUGCCACCACCAAACCCACCCAAGAAACCAUCUUCUUCGAUGGCGGAGCACACUACGGUGACCUUGUAGCAAAUCUUCUUCUGGGUUUCACUCUCGUAUGGCUGCCACUCACUCUGGCAGCAGUUCUCAGAGGUUUUUUCUUGCGAUACCGAUUCACAAAUUUGCGGGUCACUGUGAUAUCCGGGUUAACGGGUCAGGACAGGAGUGAUUUCUCGUAUAAAGUUGUCAAAGAUGUUCAAGUUGUUCCGAGAUUUAUUGGUGAAUGGGGUGAUGUAAUCAUCACUCUAAGAGAUGGAACUAAGGUUGAUUUGAGAAGUGUUCCUAGGUUUAGAGAAAUUGCCAAGUACUGUUUAUCCAUGGCUGAGAAGAAAUCUGGUGAUGAAUUGGAAGAGGGUGGUGGGGCUAAAGGGUUUUGAGGGUUCUGAUUUUGAAACAACGCACUUCACCUGUUCGAUCAUUUAUGGCUGAGAAAUUAAGGUUUGAAUCUGAUUAGUGGGCACAUCUAUUUGAUCAAAAGAGGUAUGUACAUUUUCAUAAUUGCUAGUUUGAUCAAGAUUUUCGGUUAUAUUCUUUGUAUAAUCUUAUGUAUACCAAGUUACCUGAUGUUGAAAUUUUAUGGUGAUUUCUUGGGUAAACCUGCUUUCUGUGUAAAUUUGAUAUUAGAGUUAUUGAAGGUAUCAAAAGUUCCGGUAAUUUGCAUUUCUAGAUC